UAUACGGAAGAAUAUAAACGUGUAUUUAUAUAUUUCUAUAAUUAUAUAUAGCUCCUCAGAUAGGAAACGCUGCUGAAACACGAGAACCUCCUCAGGAACGUGAAUGGAGAGAAGGAAGCUGGCGCGCAUCGAUAACCAUUUUUCAUAAAGGGCGGCGUGUAAAUGUUUUUUUUUUUCUUGCGCAAGCGUCGCUUUUAGUUCGGGUUUUAUGCCGCCGAACCGAGCAGGAAGAGGGGAUGUAGAUGUGGACGCGUUGAAGGAAAAGCUUCAAGUUUCGUCUGGCUGUUUUUCUGGGAGUGGGGAGUAAAAACGCGGCGGUUUGCGUCAGCGCGGGGCUGCGUGGACACAAAGCCUCCGCCAGACUCCCUCUGAAAAACACUCAAUUCUUCUCUACAACUCCGGAGCGCACGCAUGUCACCGAUACGAGCUGUUUUUCUGGGUUUGAAUCGAAACGCCUGCAGCCUGAGGACUCGUUAACCCUGCCCCACGGAAACCAGAGGGGACCGGAGGAGGAGGAGGAGGAGGAGGAGGAGGAGGACCGGGAAGAAACGAUAGAAAGAUAAAGGAAAGGAAAAAGGUGUUGGAGUGAGAGCGGGACCGCAAGGAGCAACUCCGUAUUGUUCGGCAGUUUUGUUUGCUCUGCAGCCAGAAAGACACACACACACACACACACACACACACACAGACACACACAGACAGACAGAAAGACACGGCGGCGCUUGUUUCUUCUUUUCGGGGUGCGACAAAAAGCUGAAACCGUCAAUUCUGGAUUUCUUUAUCCGCUUCCUGUCGUCCAGGAUGAGGUUUAAGAGGAACGGGUCCUAUACGCUGAAUAGGAAGUCGAAGACGAAGCCAAAUGGGAAGAAGCCUCCGACAGAAGAGAAGAAGCAGUACUUGGAGCUAGAGUACACAAAAAUCCGCGUGGUGGACUUUGACCUCAAGGAGCUGGUGGUGCUGCCCAGAGAGAUCGACCUCAACGAAUGGCUAGCCAGCAACACAACAACAUUCUUCAAUCUUAUCAACCUGCAGUACAGCACCAUCUCAGAGUUCUGCACUGGGGACACCUGUCAAGCCAUGACGGCGACCUGCAACACAAUAUACUACUGGUAUGACGAGAGGGGGAAGAAGACGAAGUGCACUGCUCCGCAAUAUGUCGACUUUGUAAUGAGUCUUUGUCAGAAACUGGUCACAGAUGAGGAAAUCUUUCCUACAAAAUAUGGUAAAGAGUUUCCCAACUCCUUUGAGUCCUUGGUAAAGAAGAUCUGCCGGUACCUGUUCCACGUGCUGGCUCACCUCUACUGGGCGCACUUUAAAGAGACGGUGGCUCUGGACCUGCAGGGCCACUUGAACACUCUGUAUGCACAUUUCAUCGUUUUCGUAAGGGAAUUCAACCUGGUCGACCCCAAGGAGACCUGUAUCAUGGACGACCUGUCCGAAAUCCUCUGCACCCCCGCCCCGCCGCAGCCGGCGCCCGCCCCGGCCCCCUCCACCCCCGCCUCGGCGCCCUCCCCUUCUUCACAAAACCACGUGACGGAGAGAUGAGCGGGGGGCCGGCGGCGAGACAGCAGCCCUGGGGGGUGAUAGAAGAUAAGAUAGAGGAGAGAAGGAAAGACAGCCUGGCCCCCUCCCUCGGUGCCAGCAGGACUUAAGAGACCUUCCACUACCCUUAUAUUUCGCUACGACACCAACCAACCAGCCGGAAGGAAAGGGGGGAGGGUUUUCGGGGGGUUUGGGGUGGCGGGGAGGGGUUUGUCACGCCAGCAGGAAUUGGCGUGAGCGUUCCUCCCAUUGGGGCAAAUCCCUCCCAUCUUCUCUGCAAUUUAAACUAGGAACAAAAAAGUAUGUGUAUGUUUUUAUUUUAUUUUAUUUUUUUUUUUUUGGUUUUGUUUCACUUUUAUUUUUAUUAUUUUAUUUUUUUUUGUUGGAGUUUUAUUGAGUUUUUAUUUUUUGUCGUGGCCGGUGGGGGAGGUGGGAGGUUUGUGCCCUCACCUCCCUCCAUCCUCUACCUAACAUACAGUACAGGCAGGGGGCUCUGCUUUGCUUCAACCUACUUAUUGUACAGUGUUGUUAAUGUGUGGAGAAGAAGGCGUCUCUGCUCACCUGCAGGCUCGUCGCUCCCUCCUUCCUCCUCCUCCUCCUCCUCCUCCUCCUGCGGCGGCGGGAGGCGGCCUGCGGGCGCACGGCGACUUCCGCCGGACAGUAGGGAGCCACGUUACUGCCUGACGUGGGCGAUACUAGCCAAUCACUGUUUGGGUUGUUUUAUGUGGGGGAUGAUUUAAAGCGCUUCCUACUCAGGACCUGAGAGAAUACGUCACUGCUGCCAGAGAGAAGUCACUCUCUCUCUUUUUUUUUUUCAUUCUCUGUCCCUUGUUCACCAGACUGCUCAGUCCCCUCGUACAACAAGAUGUCAUUCGUGUUUUUAACUCGUCACAUAAACGCCCGGUGUUCCCCCAGAGCCCACCUGUAGAGGGCAGCACACACACACAUACAUACAUAGAGAAUGCCUCAGACAGGGAGACAGAGAAGGAAAUAUAAAGAUUGUAUGUUAGAUAUUUAAUCUGAUCAGAGAGUCGAUGCUUUGAGACAGAGCCUGUGCCGGCGUGAGGCUGAAUCGGAGCCGUUUGCUGGUGUAAGCAGCUCCGUUAACCACCAGCAUCACCACCAAACACCCACUCCUGCUGCAGAGAAGGACAAAGACAUGAGGUAAUGUCUGCAGGCCCAGAGCGGCAGAGACGGAGAGAACGAAGAAAAAAAAAAAGGAGGAGUGGGAGUGAGACGGUGUGGAGCUGCUCCCAGUGCAAAACUACAAGAAUCUACCAAUUCUGUCUUCUUGUUUUUUUUUUUAAUCUGUCCCUUUAAGAUUUGCUUUUUUAAAAAAAAAGAUUAUCAGAGGAAGAUUUAGGUCAGAAAUAAUAACAACGGUAUCAUUACACAUGUAUAGAAAAUGCACAGUCUGCUUGGACUUUACUGUACAAAGAAUCGCAAGCGGGUUCUGUCAGACGUAGCCUCUGUACGGAGGAGGAUUGGGUUUAUAAUUCUCCUUUUUUAUUUAUUUUAAUUCUGUUUUUUUUUCUGUUUUUGUUUUUUUUGUUUUGUUUUUUUGCAGGGUUCUUCAGUUCUGGCUCUCAUUUUUAUGUAUUUUAAUUAUUAACUAAGUUAAAAGCAAUUUAAUAUUUUAAGCUCUGCGGAUUAUAAUCUAAUAAAAGAGAGAAAUGCCA